AUGAUCAUGAAGAAUAACUUUGUACCCUUUGUGGCCUUAUCGUCUGCCAUCGGCGCCUGGGCUCACGGUGAAGACGAAGCCAAAAAGAUGGGUCCUGUUGCCUUCAUGUGGCCGCCAGAUCGUCCUUGGGGUGCCGCCUACGACAACACAGCUCCAUGCGGGUCGUCUGCUGGAGUUUCAAACAGGACGGAUUUCCCUCUUAUCAACGGCCAACUCGCACUUGUCAUCCAAGACGAAUCAUGGAACGUUCAGAUCGCGGUCUCCCACAAAAACAAUCCUAGCACCAACGACGACUUCGAGGCCUUCAUUGAUGGGUCUAGUAUCAAGGAUAUAGAGCCUGGGCACGAAUGCUACCCUGUCCCCAACCCCUCCAUCGACGUGGAGGAAGGCUCAAACGCCACCUUCCAGAUCAAAUACACGUCCGACUUCGAAACCGACAAGAACGAGACGUACUAUGCCUGUGCCGAUGUCCGAUACGUCGCUGCCAGUAAAUUCACCACUCAAGUUCCUUGUUUCAAUGUCACGGCAGAUGAGUUCACCGCUGCCACAACUACCGCUGCUGUCCCCGGUGCUACCGCUACAUCCGGUUCGUCUAGCUCCUCGUCCAAUGGCAUGGAUGCCACGAAUGCGAAGAGCUCAGGUUCGGGCCUUUCCGGUGGUGCCAUUGCCGGUAUUGUGGUUGGGUGUGUGGCUGCUGUAGUGAUCGCCAUCGCGUUUCUGUUCGGGUCUAGACGGUUCUUGCAGAAAUACCGCUCCUACCGGCAGAAGGCGUCAGUCCGGAAUGUGGACUGGGCUGAGACAGCUACCGUUGACCCAAAGGUUGAUCACGAAGGACUUCGGAAGAUUCGGUAG